CUGCUGAGCAGGACUGUGUCUCCGAGCUGAUCCUUUGCUGAUAAGCCAGCUGCCAAGCCUCCACUGCUGAGACAAAAGAGUUUUUCUCUUCCCAGCAGGGUUUUUCUGCUGUGAAUGACAGAGAAAGGAGUAAAAGUGAGCUGCCUGGCACUCCUCGUGGGCGAGAGGCUUUGGGGGCUCCUUGUCCCCCGCUGUGCUGGCAGACCAUGGAGCUCUUCAGGCUGAGCCUGGGCUGCAUUUGCCUCCUUCCUUGGCUUGAGGUAGCAGAGGGACAAGGCUUCCUCAUAAGGAACACCCGGCUGGAAAAGUGCAUCCGUGCCUCCCAGGAGACCGACAGCAUCAGCCUGGCCAGCUGCAAGCAGCAGUCCCAGCAGCAGAGGUGGGGCUGGAACCCCGACACGGGCACCAUCGUCAGCCUGCACACGGGGCGCUGCCUGUCGGCACACAGGAUGCGCCAGAACGCCCUGGUCAAGCUGGAGCCCUGUGGAGACUGGGAACGCCAGGCAUGGUCCUGCGGCAGGAAGGGACACUUGACUCUGCAGAGCUUGGGCUUCCACCUUGGCACCAAGGAGGGAGGCCACAAGGUGUUUGUCUCGAGGGAGAAGGACAAGUUCAGCAGGUGGAAGACGCUGGCGGAUGAAACCGUCUGUGCUGCUGCCCAGACAGCAGCUGGGAGGCCCAGCAAACCAACACAACAAGCUCUAGACACACGAGUGUGGAUCUAUGAAACUAAAACCAUUGAUUCUUCAAAGAUCGAUGCUGUGGACAGAGAGUCUUCUGUGAGCUUGACUGACCCCCCUCUGGCUAACAAGUUCAACAGCACAGUGUCUCCAGCAAAGACCAAACAGGCACAGCUCCCAGCAAAUGAGGAUCCAUCCCACAACCACUCCAAGAAACAUGGAAAUCGGGGGAAAAACACUGGGGCCAGGCUUGCAGGCACGAACUGGAAGACAGCCAUGCUGGUCCUCAGCCCCCUGGCUUUCAUACUGGGAUUAAUAAUACUGACACUCAAUGUUCACUACAACAAGAAGAAGAAGAUCCUGUCUGCUCUGAAGAGCUCUCCCGCCCACAGCAGCCGAGCUGAUUUACGGGAGCCGCCCCCCCUGCGCAGAGGGAUCCACGCCCAGCCGUACCUGCCGCCAUCCCGCUCCCCCUCCCUGAGGCGGGGAGAGAUCCUCAUCGAGUGGAAAGACGGGACUGUCACUCCUCUUUUUGACAACAUCAAUUACCAAGUGGACUAGCUGCAGAAUAACAGAGCUUUUGUUCCCUCCCUGUUGUCACUGUUCCCACCAGGAGGGCUGCCACCACAGCUAUCUCCUCCCUGCCCUUGCUGUUUUGACAGGAAGCACAGUUUGGGGUUUUUUCUAAACACUUGAGUACAAUCUUCUUGCACAGGACAAGGGCUGAAGCAAGCAGAGUAGAUUGUUUGGUUUGUAUAGGCACAUGCUGCUUAGCAAUUUCAGAACUGCUUUAACCCAUAAGAAACCCCAGGUUUCCCUAAAUGAAGCUGGGACUACCGCCAGCUGCAACUGCCCAUGGAAUCAAAAUUAAAGUUAUUAAGCAUAUGAAAAAGUGAAUCUUUGAAGACAAGGAAAAAGGUAAAAAGCAAAAGUCCUGAUAAUCCUUAAAUUCUUUUUAAGAUAAAACUAGCUGU